AUGGCCGAAAAACUCGACGCGCCUACAUCCUCCACAGACAGCGGCUCUGCCACCAGGGACGCUGCCAACGGCGGACCCAAAGCCAUCAUCAAGAACGUCGACAUGAGCGAGGACAUGCAGCAGGAGUCGGUCGACAUCGCGUCCGCCGCGCUCGAGAAGUAUAACAUCGAGAAGGACAUCGCUGCCCAGAUCAAGAAGGAGUUCGACCGCCGCCAUGGGGCUACCUGGCACGUCGUCGUCGGCAAGAACUUUGGCAGCUACGUGACCCACGAAACAAAGCACUUCAUCUACUUCUACAUCGGCUCCCUUGCUAUCCUCAUCUGGAAGUCAUAA